AUGGAGCGGGCGGCAGCCCUCGAGGGAGGAUGGCGUCGCUGCUGCUGCACCGCGACACCUAGGAGGCAAGUGCUCGGCUUCGCUGCUGCCCCUGGAACCGCCGCCAGACCCGGGGUCCGCGCGCGCGUAAAUGCCCUUCGACUAGUCAAGUUCCAAGCUAGAGGCGCCCGGCACGGCGAGGAGGCGCCGCACGACGGCCCGUGCGCGCUACGAAAAGCACCGGCGCCGUGUUCAGCCCCCGCAUUCUCCGCCCCGGCGCCCCUCCGCGGCGCGCGCGCGCGCCCGCGACCUCGCCCUUCGCCGCCAUGCGCCGGCGGCGCCGUCCCCAUGCCGCUUCCGGGCGACGGCGGGGCGUGUUCGACGGCAGAGUGCCCGCCGGGGUGGCAGCGACGCUGGACGAUCGUCGCUCUCUGCGCGGUGGCCUUCCUGCUCUGCAACCUCGACCGCGUCAACAUGAGCGUCGCGAUCCUGCCCAUGUCGCAGCAGUUCGGCUGGACCCCGGAGACUAUGGGGCUCGUGCAAUCGUCAUUCUUCUGGGGCUAUCUGUUGACGCAAGUCGCGGGGGGGGUCCUGGCCGACCGCAUCGGCGGGAAGAGCGUGCUCGGCUUCGGCGUCAUGUGGUGGAGCCUCGCGACCGUCGUCACGCCCAUCGCCGCGCAGGCGGGCCUGUGGCCGCUGCUGGCGGUGCGCGCGAUGAUGGGCGUGGGCGAGGGCGUGGCGCUCCCUGCGAUGAACGCGAUGGUCUCGAAGUGGGUGCCGUGCCAGGAGCGCGCGCGGUCGCUCGCGUUCAUCUAUUCGGGGAUGUACACCGGGUCCAUGAUCGGCCUCGCGGCCUCCCCAGCCAUGUGCGCUGCGUUGGGCUGGCAAUCGGUGUUUCUCGUCUUCGGAAGCAUGGGCGCGGCCUGGUUCUGGGCGUGGCAGAAGUACUCCGCGAGCAACCCGACCAAGGACGACCGCCUCAGCCCCGAGGAAGCCGCCUACAUUCGGUCAAGCACCCUAACCAGCGGCGAGGACGACGCGUCUUCGAUUCCGUGGCGCGAGCUGCUCUCGAAGCCCGCUGUUUGGGCCAUUAUCAUUUCUCACUUCUGCCACAACUGGGGGACGUUCAUCCUGCUGACGUGGAUGCCGACGUACUACAGCCAGGUCCUCGGCCUCAACCUCGCGCAGUGCGGCAUGCUCUCCGUCCUGCCCUGGGCGACCAUGGCCCUCAUGGCCAACGUCGGCGGCGCCAUCGCCGACGGCCUCCAGAGCCGCGGCUGGUCGAUCACCUCGGUCCGGCGGCUCAUGCAGACCAUCGGCUUCCUCGGCCCGGCGCUGUUCCUGUCGCUGCUGCCCACCGUCAACAGCGCCUGGCAGGCUGUCGUGUGCAUGAUGGGCGCGCAGGGCCUCGACGCGUUCAGCCAGUCGGGGCUGUACUCCAACCACGCGGACAUCGGGCCGAAGUACGCGGGCGUCCUGCUCGGCCUGUCGAACACGGCGGGGGUGCUCGCGGGCGUGCUGGGGACGGCUGCGGUGGGGUUCAUUCUGGCCAACGGGUCGUGGGCGGACGUGUGGCGGUCGGCGGUGUUCUUCUACCUCGCGGGGACGGUGGUGUGGAACACGAUGUCGACGGGCGAGCGGGUGAUCUGA